AUGUCCCCGGAGCGGCAACCCUGGACCAUCGAUCCCGACCUCGACGGGAUCGACCUCGACGCCGCCGACUUCGCCUCCUCCCUCCCCUUAAAAAAAGUCCCACACGGCGACGUUUUCGAGGCCUCACGCGCCGGCGACGUGGAGCGCCUCAGGUACUUGCUGGAGUUUGGAGUCAACGUCAACGCGCGUGACCGGUGGGACUCGGUGGCGCUCUACUACGCGUGCCUCGCCGGACAUCUUGAGGCGGCGCGUAUGUUGCUGGAGAGCGGCGCUAUUUGCACGGAGCAUACAUUUGACGGCGAUCGGUGUCAUUACGCGGCGUUGAAUUUGAAGGUUAGGAAGCUUUUGAAGGCGUUUGAGGCCAGGCCGCCGCCGCUGGGGCCGUUGCAGGCGGCGAUGAGAGAGACGUUCUUGGGCUGUGCGGCUAAUUGGGCCUAUUUGGAGCAGGCCCAGUUUGAAUCUUCAGGUCUUCCGGCCAGUGAUGGAUACUUCCCUCCAGAUGUGGUAUUUUUUGUUCAAGGCAGAGCCAUUGAAGCACAUAGAGUCAUCUUAAGUGCACGGUCACCAUUUUUCAGAAGAAAGUUUGUGACUGAUUGGAAAGAGCGCAGAGAAGUGAGAUUUUCAAAGGAAAAGUUGUCAUAUCCUGCUUUAUACAGUCUCAUCCAAUUCUUCUACUCCGACAGACUAGAAGUUGCUGUAGAUGAUAUGGAGGAUCUUGUGAGGAUCUGCAAAGUAUGUAAAUGUGAAUCUUUACAAAGGGUUCUCGAGAAAGAAUUGAUUCACCAAAAGUAUGCUGAGUACAAGGCAUUGAGAGACAUAGACAGCUCUGUAAAACGAUUCAUCUUACAAGGUGUGUCUCUUCCUGAAGAAGAUCGACUUCCUGCGACUUUGCAUGAGAUCCUUCAGAUUUCCCUUGCCAAUUCUACUGGUGAUGAACUUAACAUAGAUAAUGGUAUCAAAGAACUAAUAUCUUCUGUUGAUACCAUGGAAAUCAGUGAUUCUGUAGAGGAUCUUGCAGAUGUUUGCAUUAGAGUUGAUAAAAAGAGUUUCCGAUGCCAUCAAGUGGUUUUAGCAUCAAGGUCUGAGUAUUUUAAAGCAAGAUUAUCCCGCAUGAAGGACUUUCAUGAAGGAAAAAGUGAUAUACCUGUUCAUACCCUUCCAUGUCUUGAGGAACAUGAUUUAAGCUCUGAAGCAUUCGAAAAGAUGAUCGAGUAUAUGUACACUGACGGAUUGAAGGAUAUAGACCCAGAUCAGGCUGGGGAACUCUUUGAUGCUGCCUCUAGAUAUUUAUUAUUUCCUCUUAAGCGUGCUGUUGCUGAUGUACUGCUGCCACACCUGGAAAAUGUCUCACCAGCAGAAUUGUGCAAUUGGCUGGUAUUGUCAGACAUGUAUGGUGUCUUGAAGAUAAGAGAAUUUUGUUUAGAUACAAUAGCUUGUAACUUUGAGACAUUUGCUGACACUCGUGAAUUCCGAGCAAUGCUGUUGACACUCCCUCCACCAUCUGGGGAUUCAUCACUUCGCACCACUAAUCCAAGUGCACCGGGAGCUGAAGUCAAUACAGACCAACACAAUGUUCUUGAUGACUUGCGAGAAAAAUGGCUUGAAGCUGAAGCUGGGGAGCUUGACGAGAGAGAUGAGAGCGCACUAAUCUUUGAUAAGCGACUUGAGAUGCUUAUGGUUGUUGCAGAACAAGAAAAGUCUGAUGCAGAUCUUACUGAUGAUAUCAAUGGCUCCUAGAACAUGCGUCUCCAUACACUGAACAAGAAGACUGUGUAGAAGCAGUUCUGGCAUUUCCUGGAGCGCGCAUUUGUAAGCUUAAGGAGAAUGCAGUAAUCAUUCACCAUGUACCUAAAGAGAGUUGAAUCUGUACGUACGUACUGAGUCGUCCUAUCAUGAUAGGGGAUAGAUGAACAUCAUAGCUUCCAACAGGACGAGAAUUUCCCCAUUAGCUCCACAGUAGAAGUCUCUCUCCACAAACUGCUCAUCGAAACUUCAAAAGUUCCAUUUCUUUCGUCAAAAUGUCAGUGAAGUAGAUCGUGAAUGUUUGCAAGAGCAGCAAGAUGGCAUAGGAACAUGAGCAUGUCGUUGGCCAUAUGACAUUGUUCACCGGCAAUAUGACAUUGUUCAUGACUCAAAGGUUCGAAUGCCUAGGAAACAAUGUUGAUGUCCUCCUGUGAAGGCAAAACGUAGAAACUGUUCCUUAUUUAUCUGUGGGAUGUGAGUUCACUGAUUUGAAUUUCUGCUAGAAGUACUUGGCCUUGUUUAUUUGUAUCAAAAUGAUUACCAUUUGUUGCUUGGCGGGCAAGCUUUAAGUUGAACAA